GCCAACUCCCAAAUAGCUUCCUUAUUCCCUAUAAACGCGCACUACGUAGGGUUUGAGAGAAUGACGUGUUCGGGCUAAGUAGUGACCUAUGUGUCAGGAAGUAAGGUAUUAGGGAUCGAGGCGUUGUCAAUGUGAUGCUCUGAAGUUGGUUACGGAGGGACCGGGGAAGAGUUUGGUGAGGGCUGGCGGCGGUUUAACGGGGUUCCUCCGGUAUGGGCCUGUUAGCGCGCGUGCGGAAGGAAUGGUUCAUUGUCGGUAUCGCUCUCGCGAUCGCUUCAGCCAAGCUCGCGCCGUCCGUCGGGGUGAAAGGAGGUCCUCUUCGGCCAGAGAUCACCAUCACCUACAUAGCGGUGUCAACCAUCUUCUUUAACAGUGGCCUGUCCUUAAAAACUGAGGAGUUGGCGAGUGCGUUAAUGCACGUGAAGUUACAUCUGUUUGUUCAGAUGUUCACUCUGGUCUUUUUCCCUGUGGCCAUCUGGGCUCUUCUCAAAGUCCUGGCACUCACUGCUAUAAAUGAAUGGCUUCUCAAAGGGUUGCAGACGGUGGGCUGUAUGCCUCCUCCUGUGUCGUCUGCCGUCAUCCUCACUAAAGCCGUUGGGGGGAACGAGGCUGCAGCCAUUUUCAACUCGGCAUUUGGAAGCUUUCUGGGGAUCGUCGUCACACCGCUGCUGCUGCUGCUGUUUCUUGGCUCGUCCUCAUCAGUACAGUUCUCCUCCAUCUUCUCUCAGCUCUUCAUGACCGUAGUUGUCCCUCUUAUAGUUGGCCAGGUCUGUAGGAGGUUCCUGAAGGAGUGGCUGGAGAGAAGGAAGCUUCCGUUCGGCACGGUGAGCAGCGUCGUCCUGCUUAUGAUCAUCUACACCACGUUCUGCGACACGUUCUCCAACCCCGACAUCGAGCUGGACCACCUCAGCCUCCUCAUCAUCGUCUUCAUCAUUUUCACCGUUCAGCUCACAUUCAUGUUCCUCACUUUUUUCUUCUCUACCAGGAAAUCUACAGGCUUCACCGCAGCAGAUUCUGUAGCAAUAAUGUUUUGCUCUACGCACAAAUCCCUCACGCUGGGUAUCCCCAUGCUGAAGAUUGUAUUCGCAGGAUUUGAACAUCUCUCGCUCAUCUCAGUGCCUCUGCUCAUCUAUCACCCGGCUCAGAUCCUCCUGGGCAGCAUCCUGGUGCCGACCAUCAAAGCCUGGAUGAACACGAGGCAGAAGUCUACCAUUUUAGUGCACUAAGUCUGCAUGCAUUUACCUCCUCCACCUGCGAGUCCGCCCUGAAACUGACCAACCUGCAGCCCAUCUGAGAGAAUUGGGAAUAAAUAUACCUCAGACUGUAACAUAACGGGACCCAAAGUGUGACUUGCAGUUUCUGUCAUUCCCCAUGAAGGAUGAAGGAUGAGGGACGUUUUCUGGGAUGGAGGGAUGACCAAGUGCCUUAUUGCAACUAGUGGGACCUCAGGCAGCUUCAGCAGCUUGCCCAUCUCUAUCUCUCUCUCUCUCUCUCUUUCUCUUUCUCUCUCUCUCUCUCUCUCUCUCUCUCUCUCUUUCUCUCUCUCUCUCUCUCUCUCUCUCUCUCUCUCUCUCUCUCUUUCUCUCUCUCUCUCUCUCUCUCUCUCUCUCUCUUUCUUUCUCUCUCUCUCUCUCUGUCUCUGUCUCUUCUCUCUGCAGGGAAAUUAUAUUACGCAGACAAGCUCGAAAUAAUUCCACGAGUGAGUUUUUUUUUUUUUUUUUAAACAAAGGUGAAUGUACAGCUUUAUUUUUAUAUGAAGCGCUUUAUGCUCUCCAGACCGAGAACUCCAUGAGGAUCUUUUUUUUUUUUCUUUCUUUCUUUUUUUUUUUUAAAUUUGUUGUGGGGGUUUUUUCCCCCUUAAUUUUAUCUUUAUCAUCAUUAGGGCUCCGGAUGCCUGAUCCGCUGGAUUUGUUGUUGUUACGUUUCAGCGUUAUUUUUGUAUGUAUCUCAGCCUGACGUGGAGAUGGUUAGGUCAGUGUUGUGGACGUUAGCGCUGCGGACAGUAUGGACAGUACAUCAUGUUGCUGUUACGUACCGUGCAUUGUGACCUUUAAUCCCAAAUCAGGUUAAAGAAAGCGCUCCGUUAUUGGGGACCAAACAGAAUCCGGAUGUUGGGAUUCGUCCAAACUUUCAGGAUGAUUACUAACACGUACUAUAUUUACAGGUCAAAGGGUGAAUUUGAACAUCGCGUCCUGCAAAAUAUCAGUAUUGCAAAGUCUACCAUCACAACAACGAAUAACAAACAAUAUAUUGUACAAACCUACUGGAGAUCAGCCUCGUGUUUUUACUGCCACAUUUCCUCAGAUAAUAAAACACACGAAAGACUGAGUUACAACUCGAA